GUUAUAACUCGAGCAGACGAUAUUCCCCCGAUCAGUCAGAAGAAAGCCAACAACGAUGGCAAACACUGGAACAAUUAAUGUGGAAAGGGAACCACUUUACUCGUGGUUCAUUGCAUUUGCAUGCUUCUGGCUCAGUUUCUUGACCGUUGGCCUGCACCGGUCAGCGGGCAUUAUUUAUGUUUCCGUAGUGCAAGUGUACAAUAUCAGCAGGGAGCAAGCUAUAUGGCCUUUUAGUCUAUGUGGUUCCUUAAUGUGCCUUUUAGGUCCAUUGGCCGGUUUUCUAACUCACUACUUCAGUAUCCGGAGUAUUUUAGUGAGCGGUGUCCUAGUAUCCGCUGUAGCGAUUGCUGCCUGCUUCUUCACUCCGUCCCUCAUGUUCCUCAUCAUCUUCUUUGGACUCUUCAGGGGUAUUGGCAACGGUCUUGUUGUAACUCUCAAUCCAGUCCUCAUUCACCAACACUUCAAGUAUAGGAAAGCCGUAGCUACUGGUAUAGCCUAUGCCGGAGCAUCUGUCGGAUCCUUCGCCCUUCCUCCUCUCAUCGAAUAUUUAUUAGCUACCUAUGGCCUUAAAGGAUGUUUUCUGGUCCUAGGAGCUGUCAUUUUAAAUGGACUUGUGCCCGCUUUUAUGGCCAGAGCGCCGCCACAGCCAACUACUCAGCCAAUUUCUGCCAAAAAAAAGUUCCUCAAUGUAAGACUGGAUUUCUUAGAACCAAAAGUCAUUAAUGGAAAAGAGUCGAGGCCGAUUCCGCAGGAUACAGACGAUGCACCCCUGACAGAGACUCUCGUAGUGAAAAACGACACAACCGGUGACAUCUCCAGACACCAAAUCCUUAUCGUGCCCUCCAACGGUCCCAGCCCAGAAGUCCAGAAUGGAGACUACAAACUCAUCCCCCAUUCCUGUUCUGUCACAUCCAGCCCCAUCUCCCUCCUCCAGAAAAUUAAACAGCGCGAAGACGGUAUCUUCGGUCAGUUUCGCCACACUGCCCAGAUCCUCACCAACCCCAUGUAUCUGGCCAUCUGCAUCACUUUCGGCUGCAACGUCGUCAACUUCAUCGCCUACCUGACGGUCAUCGUCGAUUUCGCCAGAGACAGGAACAUCGAAGAGACGGACGCUGUUUUCCUGGUGUCUGCGUUCUCUGUCGGCGAUCUCUUCGGCGCUGUCUGUCUCGGCUGGCUCUCAGACUUCAAGUGGCUGAAGAGAAGCUACACUGUCAUGAUCAGCUACGCUGCUAUGGGCGGACUCUUGCUCGCCCUGCCCAGCUGCGAGACUCACGCCCUCUUCCUGACCGUCUCCAUCUUCAUGGGGAUUUUUAACGGGUGUGUGAUGUCCAACAUCCCUGUGGUGAUGCGCGAGUAUCUUGGACUCGAGAGGCUAGCUGUCGCCAUUGGAUUGGGUCAUUUCUUUGUGGGUGUUGGACAACUGCUCUUCCCAAUGCUUAUAGGUUAUUUCAGAGAUGACGUCGGAUCGUAUGAUCACCUUUUCACCACUCUGGGUGUGAUGUGCCUCAUCUGUUCUCUUCUGUGGCUACUAGAACCAGUAUUCAAAAGACUGAAAUAAACAUUGUGAUAAGUAUUUCACUUGUGACGGCAAGUGGUGAUCAUCCUUUAUAUGUGAUAGUUUCUGUUAAAUUAAGACAGUAUAUACGCUCCAAUUCUUCCCCAUUAAGUUCGUUUGGAGGAGUUGAAACAAAACUGUGUCGUCCAAUAAACUGUUCGCGAUCUUUUCAACACAGUGAAACUGAUUAAAAGAAAUGUUCUUUUUAGUAACAUAGAAUCCCAGGCCAAAUUAUUUGACGCUCUCAAAGAUUCUAUGUAAAAUUUUAAUUAUCGUUUGAUACUAGACAGCUUUAUUGUUCCUACGCGGUUUGUACUUGUUUACGUUCGUGUAUCAAUUGUUUAAAUGAGGCGAUAUAUACUAUAAAUACCACCAUUCGAUAAAUUAGUCGAUAUAGUAUAUAAAUAUAAAAUAUUUAUUAUAUCAGGCAUUAUGUUAGUGUAUUUUAAUAAUUAUACCAAAUUAUUAAACGCACUGUAGUGUUUUAACAAU